UUAUAACGUUUUUAUCACGUUACAUUUAUAAUUUAUUCAGAAUAAAUGUUUUUAUACUGAAAAAGCAAUAAUAUCACAAUUUUUAAAAAUAUUUCAUAUUUUAUUCGCUUUCUAUUGUUUCUUUUUAUUUCCUUAUAUCUUAGCUUAUGUCGUCUUCCUGUUUGUUCUAAAAUUAUUAUGUUUACAUACUUAAUAAAUAUAUAAAUAUUCGCGCACGCACAAGCACACGCGCACGCGCGCGUGCACACACACACACACACACACACACACACACACACAUAUGAGUGUUAUUAAUAUAUAAACAGGCGUUUUUAAUUUAUGUGUAAACAUAAUACUUUUAUAAUAGUUUUAGAACAAACACGUAAGGUAUAAAUAUAAGGAAGAAAUAAUAGAAAACAUGAAAAUGAUGAAUAUAUUUAAUUAUUUAAUUAACGUUAAUACAUAUAUAAAACAUGAUAGUAUUGCUUUUAUAUGUACUUUAGCGAUUCAGACUGUAAAAAUAAUUGAUUUAGCAAAAAAGAGCAAUACAUAUACAUUACAUGCAUAUCAGAAGCCAACCCAUUUAAACUUUUUAUUUAUCUAAAAAAUGAACGUAAAGUGAUGAAAACGCUAUAAGAAACAUUGCACUAAAGAGAAACAUCAGGCUUCGACAGAACACCGGAUCAAUAACAAUCACGGUUUAAUGCUAAAACACUUCUCACAGCUACUGCGGAGCAGUCACUUUCUGCAACCAGUUUGGCUCCUCCUACAAAAAACGUCAUCUCUCUAGUCAGACGACAACAUCGCUCUUCUUUCAUCUUAGGGCGAGGCAUCGUUCUUAUAAACAAGAUCCUCAACGAACUCACAAGUUAAUUCAUUCAGCUGCGACACAGAAGAGAAGAUCAUUACGUUGUGAAAAUGGAGUCUUUGUCUGCAGCAAACACACAAUUCUCUCUCAAUGUGUUUAAGAAGAUCAGUGAGAUAAACACUAGUGGAAAUGUCUUUUACUCUCCUCUCAGUAUCUCCUCGGCUCUGGCCAUGGUGUCACUUGGUGCUAAAGGAAACACAAAAGAUCAGAUCUUACAGGUGAUGACACAUAAAAAAUCUUCUGUUCAGCAGGAGGACCAAAUUCAUUCCAGCUACAACAAACUCAUGAACGAGUUGAACAAACCAGGAGUGCCAUAUAUGUUGAGUCUUGCCAAUCGUCUGUAUGGAGAGAAAUCCUAUCAGUUUAUUGAUAAAUUCAUUAGUGACUCACAAAAAUACUACCAGGCUGGACUGGAGUCUGUGGACUUCAUAAAAAACUCAGAAGCUGCACGCGUCAACAUCAACAACUGGGUGGAGAAAACGACACAAGGGAGGAUCAAGGAUUUGCUGGCACAGGGGAUCCUUAAUAAUAUGACACGUUUGGUUUUGGUGAACGCCCUCUACUUCAAAGCGAACUGGGAGAGAAAAUUCUUCCGGCCAUACACUGUUGAUCGACCAUUCAAAGUGAACAAGAAUGAAACUAAACCAGUGGAGAUGAUGAAUCAGGAUAAAGACUUUCCUCUGACCUUCAUCCCAGAGGUGAACAGUCAGAUCCUGGAGCUGCCGUAUGUCGGGAAUAAUAUGAGUAUGUUGAUCAUCCUUCCAAAUGAGAUUGAAGACGACACCACUGGACUUCAGCAGCUGGAGAAAACACUGACCUAUGAGAAACUCAUGGAGUGGACCAAACCUGACAACAUGAAGAUACAAUACCUUGCAUUAUCUCUUCCUAAAUUCAAGCUGGAAGAAACUUAUGACAUGAAGAAUCUACUGGUGAAACUGGGAAUGGUGGAUGCUUUUUUGGGGAAGGCAAAUUUUUCAGACCUUUCCCACAAUAAUGAUCUGGUGGUGUCUGAGGUGAUUCAUAAAACCUUUCUUGAGGUCACUGAAGAUGGAACAGAAGCAGCAGCAGCUACUGGUGUGGUCAGUAUUUGCUACGAUGGAGGCCCCGUCAUUUCAAAGGCUUUCAAUGCUGAUCAUCCCUUCCUGUUUUUCAUCCGACACAAUCCCACCAACACCAUUCUGUUUUAUGGACGCUUCUGUUCUCCAUGAGCUCCUUCUGGUAAAGAUGAUGUGAUUGUCAUGUAUUGUAUGGCUACAAUCACUGCAGAGCCUGAGGAGCAAAUCUGCAUCCUUCAGGAUACAAGCCCAACUCUCCAACUAGACCACAACUUUGUAUACAUGACAAACAAUAAAUCCUUUGCAUUAUUUGCUUUGCAUUUUCACACUUGUGUUUUCUGUGUCUUCUUCUGUGGUCCUGUUGUAAAAGUAAUACAACAUUAAAAUUUGUGGUAAGCAAAUUGUUUGACCCUA